AAAGCUUAACCAUCAAUUUCAUUUGUAUGGCAUUUCUAAAUAUAUAGUACUAUAUUUAUUUAUAAUAACAUAAAUUUUGAAAAUAAUGCAUAUUGGAAAAAAUACACGAAUUAGAGAAUAAGAGGAGAAAAAAAAACCCCGAAAAAGAGAGAAGAGAAGCGUUCCUAAAAGAUAAGAAGUGCGCAGACGUGGUUCUCGUGUUGGAAUCGCUCGUGUCCCGUCAAAUAGAGGGAGUGAAACAGCAUCUGCUGCCAUUCUGGCAUUACGUCAAUGGUAGACAUUUCAUUUGCUGGUUUGGGAGGAGUUACCGUGACCGCCAUUGUUACAGCUCGUUCGUAUUGAAGAACGUGAUCUGUGAAUCUUUACCGUCACAUCGUCGAAACGAAUCGUGUCCAUUUUUUAGAUUUCCUUAACGACGGUACACGAUAUUAGUGAGCGUGUUCUGAGCGUAGCAUGUCCACAAUGAAUCCUGAAUAUGAUUACUUAUUUAAGUUACUUUUAAUUGGAGAUUCUGGAGUUGGAAAAUCAUGUCUUCUACUCCGUUUUGCUGAUGACACAUACACAGAAAGUUAUAUCAGUACUAUUGGUGUAGAUUUCAAAAUACGAACAAUUGAUCUAGAUGGAAAAACAAUAAAAUUACAAAUCUGGGAUACAGCAGGUCAAGAACGAUUUAGAACAAUUACAAGUUCUUAUUAUAGGGGUGCACAUGGUAUUAUCGUUGUUUAUGACUGUACGGAUCAAGAAACAUUUAAUAAUGUUAAACAAUGGCUGGAAGAGAUUGAUCGUUAUGCAUGUGAUAAUGUGAAUAAGCUGUUGGUUGGCAAUAAAUGUGAUCUUCACACUAAAAAAGUUGUUGAUUACACAACAGCAAAAGAAUAUGCAGACCAGCUUGGUAUACCAUUCUUAGAAACAUCUGCAAAAAAUGCAAUGAAUGUAGAACAAGCUUUUAUGACAAUGGCUGCAGAAAUAAAACUUAGAGUAGGUCCUCCAUCAAGUGGAAACAGUGAUCCUGCAAAUAAGGUGAAAAUAGAACAUGGACGUCCGAUUGAAUCCUCUAAAUCUGGGUGCUGCUGAGAAAUGUAAUUUUACAUCCUUGUAACCAAAAAGGACAUCUUAUGGUAGCAGUUUCAUACUGCAUUAAAAAACAUUACCAAGAGAAACAAGAAAGAUUGUGGAAGUUUCAGUUUAUAUUAAUAAAAAUAAGGAGGUGUGAAGCAUUAUUAUGGACCACCAACUCUGUUAGCAGAGUUGAAUAAAACAAGUUUUGUUCUAUCUUUUUUUCAAGAAAGGAGAACAUAAUUAUUAACUUGCUAAUUAUCUAGUGCAAAAAACUGACCAUAGGAAAAUUUGUCGGAAUAGCAUUGAGGAUCAUUGAUUCUAUGCAAUGAUGCGUUUUACGACAAUUCGAAUUUAUAAAGUAAAUUACAUAAUACUAUGUAUCGUGGUUAUAAAGAUAAGCAUUCUUAUUUUUUAGCGUAAUUGUAACAUGUAUAAUUGAAUGUUUUUUGUCUUAGAAGGAAGUCAUUCUUACUCUUUGUACUACCCAAACAUUUUUCCACAUUUUAUUCCAAACUCUUGAGAUAAACAAGAAUUAGAGUAAUAACAUACUGAAACACGCCGUCAUCGCUGCCUCCCUCUUUUUUCAGUGCUCAUUAGUGUAAUUUAAUAACAAUAUAUUAAUAAAUAUUUCAACACUAAUACAAAAAAUGGUAAAUAGUAUACCUAUACGUACAAGAAUAAUUAAAUAUGUUAUAUAUGUUCCAGUUGGUAACUUCUAUAAAGUUACGUCAAUUUUUUUAAAUAUGUGCUACUUAUAAAAUUUAUAAAACUAUUUGCCUAUUAUGAAUACAUCACGUCGUUUGUAAAAUAUAGCCGAUAUGUUUUGUCUUAUAUUUAAACGGUAAGCUUAUAUUCAGAAAGCUUUGUAUUCCAUACGAGUUUGUAAGAUGAAAAUUUUGGCAAAAUAUUAUCUUCCUCUUAUAUUGGUUGUUUAUUGUUCAAGACAUCUAGUUCACGUUUUUUAUGUUACAUAUUUAUUAUUUCAAUUGUUUUCGCUUUCCUAUGAUGAGAACAUAUGAAAAACAUUUAAUAAGUCAGGUUAUUUUAAUAAAAUUUUAUUCUAUGCAAUAAUAAUAUCAAAAAAAACUUCAUAUACCAUAUAUUAUUCUAAUUUUUACUGAAAAGGGUAAAAAGAAAGAAAAAAAGAAGAAAAGACAUAUUUUGUACAAAACUCAUAUUACGAUUGCAAAUGAUCUUGCUUUUGUAUUGUUAUUAAAAAAGGUUUAUGAAAACAAAAUAAGAAUAUUUCGAAACUGUGUGGGAUUUCUUUCAUUAUAAUAAUAUUUGUUUAUUACACGAAUUAGUUAGUAAGAACGUAUGAAGUUCUUCAUAAGAAAGGCGUAUAUAACAAGUAAAUGUAUGACUAUAGAAAAUAAAAAUAUGUAAGUUAAGAA